UUCCUCCGCCACAGCCACGCGGGCAGUUAGUGCGCUCCGAAGCGUGACGGAACACAGACACCGACCGACACGAGCGCCCAGGUGCCGAUUUACCGGCAGGAUCUGAUGAGUGUAUAGAGCAGAAAUGGGCUCGAUUGGAGAGAUGCUGUGGAUUAUACAGUCGGUGGGACUUUAUGCCCAAAUCACCGCGAAUUUGGCAGUGGAUAAUCACGUAUCUGGAAACGCUCUUUUCACCGAGGUUCCUCAUGAUGUGGUCUCUCAGGCUGGAGAUGAUGUGGAAAUGGCCUGCUCCUUCAGAGGUGCUAGUUCCUCCUCCGUCUCCUUGGAGAUCCAGUGGUGGUACACCAGACACAGCAGAGAUUGGGCAGAGCAACCAGCAUGGACAACCAAUCAGGUGAUUUCACGGGAAAACACACCAAAGGGAGCAACUAAAAUAAGUGUGGUAAAAGUGGUCGGUAGCAACAUCUCACAUAAGCUUCGUCUGUCUAGCGUUAGACCAUCCGACGAGGGGACGUAUGAGUGUCGAGUCAUUGACUUCAGUGAAAGCCAAGCCCAGCGGCACAGGGUUCAGGCGUAUCUGCAGGUACAGCCAGACUUACAGCAGGCAAACCAGAGUCCCAUCCACAACACUGACCAGAAGAUAGAAGAGGAGAACACCGGUCCUGAAGACCAUCAGAAGAUCCACGAUAUGAGAGAAGAAGAGCAGAGGAUGCCACAAGAGGCCCAGCAGUUUCAUGAAGAGGAGCAUCAUCAGCUCCACGAGGGGAACAAGACAAGAACGGAAUUGAAACACCAAUCAGACAGCAGAGAUUUGGAGACAGACUGACUGUUCUACUCAAAACUGCACACAAGAAGAGAGGUCGGGUGACCAGACGUCUCGAUACAACUAAAACAGUCCCGAUUUUACAAACUGUAUCCUGACACAAUUUGUGCAUAUAAUCAGUCUUAGUAUUAGUUUUAAUGCAAACUGAAAUUGUUCUGAUUUGUGGUUCUUCUGUCAGAAGGAACCAGCGAUGUGUAAAAAGGAAAAUCCUGUCGUCAUUUACUCAUCCUCAUAUCAUUUCAAACCUCUAUGAAGUGAUUCCAACUAUUUAAAAAGCUUUUAAAAUUGAACCUAAUCUCAUUUGGAAGCAUUUCUGUUUGCUGGUCUUAAAAUCUUAAAACCACUAGGAAGUCAGCAAACUUUUUUUUUUUCAUUGUGUUGGACGUCAACACAAAAUAAUCUGAAAAUUCACUUUUACUCAGGCUGUAUCUCUCCUGAUUUUUUUUUUUUUCCUUUUUUUUUUAAAUCAUGGUCAUUUGGCCCCCGUAAGGAGAGAAGAAGAAUAAAAUGAAUAAAACAGCAGCAGAAAUGAGAGGUGAUUAUUAAUGACAAAGAAGAAACAAAGGGUGAAUUUAGCUGCGGGCAGAGA